GCCCGUUAAGCCAAUCGAUCCGUCCCGCGCCAGCGAUAUUAAUCCUUCGAAGCUAGCGACCCCUCUUCGCUUUCUGGGCAAAAGCCCGGGGGAACAUUAUCUCGAGCCGAGACGUUUAUAUGAACCCGUGUGUCUGGUGGAGAAUGGAUAUUGCUCUGCGUGGUAAUUGGUGCUGCAGUCUGCGGAACAGACAAGACAGCAGACCAUGCGCUGCCACAGGCUCUUGUCGGGCGUGCUCGCUCUACUUCCUCUCUCAGUUGCUCAAAGCUGUUGGCGCAACACCACUUGCUCUGGUCCGACCGACAGCGCUUUCUCCGGGCCGUGGGAGAAGAAUAUUUUCGCACCAUCGUCGAGAACUCUGAACCCAGAGAAGCUCUUCCUCAUUACGCAACCGGAUAAGACGGAAGACUAUACCCCAUUUGCACUUCAUGGAAAUGGGUCAUUGGUGGUCUAUGACUUUGGAAAAGAGGUUGGCGGCAUUGUUUCUGUAAACUUCAGCUCCACAGGCAGUGGUACACUAGGAGUGGCCUUCACCGAAGCGAAGAACUAUAUUGGAGAGUGGUCGGACUCGUCAAAUGGAGGCUUCAAAGGCCCUGAUGGUGCCCUCUAUGGUAAUUUCACCGAAGCCGGAAGCCACUACUAUGUGAUGCCGGAUAAGAGCUUGCGGGGUGGAUUUCGCUAUCUGACUCUUUUCCUGAUCACCAGCGACAACUCCACCAUUCACAUCGAAGAUGUGAGCUUGGAGAUCGGCUUUCAGCCUACGUGGUCCAAUUUGAAGGCCUACCAAGGGUACUUCCACUCCAAUGACGACUUGCUCAACAAGAUCUGGUACACUGGUGCCUACACUCUGCAGACGAACGAGGUGCCGACCGACACGGGGCGUCAGAUCCCAGCGAUGGCUGAAGGCUGGGCGAACAAUUGCACCCUUGGACCUGGUAAUACGAUCAUUGUCGACGGAGCGAAGCGUGACCGUGCGGUAUGGCCGGGUGACAUGGGGAUCGCUGUUCCUUCGGCGUUUGUGAGUUUGGGCGACUUGGACAGUGUCAAGAAUGCGCUGCAGGUUAUGUACGACACUCAGAACAACUCGACAGGUGCAUUCGACGAGUCUGGCCCGCCGCUGAGCCAAAAAGACUCGGACACGUACCACAUGUGGACGAUGGUCGGGACCUACAACUACAUGCUCUAUACCAACGACAGCGAUUUCCUCGAGCAAAACUGGGAGGGUUAUCAGAAGGCGAUGGAUUAUAUCUACGGCAAGGUGACUUAUCCCAGCGGCUUGCUGAACGUCACGGGCACGCGCGACUGGGCCAGAUGGCAGCAGGGAUACAACAACUCCGAGGCGCAGAUGAUUCCCAGCUUGUAUCACACCCUCAACACAGGCGCAGAGCUCGCCACUUGGGCCGGAAAUUCAGGCGACCUGUCCAGCACCUGGACUAGCCGAGCCGAGAAGCUGCGUCAAGCCAUCAACGAAUACUGCUGGGACGAAUCGUACGGCGCAUUCAAAGACAACGCCACCGACACCACCCUGCACCCUCAGGACGCAAACAGCAUGGCCCUGCUCUUCGGGGUCGUGGAUGCGGACCGGGCCGCCAGCAUUUCUGAAAGACUAACAGACAACUGGACCCCGAUUGGAGCCGUGGCGCCCGAACUGCCAGAGAACAUCUCUCCAUUCAUCUCCUCGUUCGAGAUCCAGGGCCAUCUGACCGUGGGACAGCCACAACGAGCACUGGAGCUAAUCCGCCGCAGCUGGGGAUGGUACUACAACAACGCGAACGGCACACAGAGCACGGUCAUCGAAGGCUAUCUACAGAACGGCACGUUCGGGUACCGCGGUAACCGCGGGUACUACUAUGACACCGCAUAUGUGUCACACUCGCACGGCUGGUCGUCAGGACCGACGUCGGCGCUGACGAACUACAUCGUGGGGAUCACUGUCACAUCUCCACUGGGGGCGACGUGGCGCAUUGCCCCGCAGUUUGUCGAUCUGCAGUCCGCCGAGGGUGGGUUCACGACCUCGCUUGGAAAGUUCCAGGCUGGAUGGUCAAAGACAGACAAGGGAUACACGCUCGACUUUUCAGUUCCGCACGGGACCCAGGGAAAUCUUACGCUGCCGUUCGUCGGCACGGCGAAGCCAUCUAUCAAAAUCGACGGGACGGAGAUUACCCGGGGGGUAGAGUAUGCCAACGCGACGGCGACAGUGACGGUCAGCGGAGGCGGAACCAUAGUAACCUUCAAUCCACUUCAAUGCCCACCAAAUGCUAUACUACCUCACCCGUCCAAUCAGGGCACCUCUAAUCACGUGUCAAUAAUCAUCCGAUCCGCUCACUUCCACCGCAUCCCCAUACUCCAGACAACAUCCAUCUCCAACCCAACCAAGUCAACCAACACAACAUACACAAACAAGAUGCCACCGAUACCCCCUUCCCUUCGCGCCGCCCGCGCUCAAUGGCGCACCUGUGCCCAAAACCUCCACGCCUCCACCAACCCCAAAACUCGCCUCUACAGCACAACCCGCACCCUCCGCUCCACCACCAGCACCACAGCCAGCAACCCCCUCCGCAGCGCCGCCCGCGCGCCCCGCAGCCGCGAACAAGACCUCGCACGGAGCAAACGCUCAAUGUACAUCUCAGCGACAGGGAUGAUCGUAUGCGCCAUCGGAAUGUACGGGGUGAUUAAAGCGGACGUAUUCGGUCUGGAACAAACCACCACCACCACCACUACCACCGACGGAGUCGAAGUCGAGAACACCACCACCACAAGCGGCAGCACCAAACUCGACGGCCCCAGCACGGGCUUUCCCACAAAGCCCACGCUAACGCACAUCCAAUCCUCCAGCGGAAACCCCGACCAAGUGGAGACAGGAACGAGCUCGAUCCCGCAUUUCCCGGCGGUGAUUCAUCUGCCGAAGUGGUUGGAGAGUGAGGAUAAUACUCCUGCGUCUGCGACGGAUUUGCCUGUACAGAGUAAUGGAAAGGAGAGUGAUGGGGAGGAAUACCAUCUCCUAGGACUGGGUAUUCGGACGGUCUCGUUCCUGAAUUUCCAGGUGUACGUUGUGGGAUUGUAUGUUGCGAAGGAGGACUUGGCGGAGCUGCAAUCACGACUGGUGCGCACGGCGGUGCAUCCUCCGGGAGAGGGGACGGAGUCGGUGAUUGAUAAUGAGGUGGGGGCUACGGCUGCGACGUCGUUGGUGUCGAUGGAGAGGGAGAAGUUGAGGGAGUUGUUGUUGGAUGCGGAGAAGGGGGAGCAGGCGUGGGAUAUGCUGUUGAAGAAGGAUGGGUUGAGGACGGCGUUUCGGGUCGUGCCGACGCGGAAUACGGAUUUCUUGCAUUUGAGGGAUGGGUGGGUGAGGGGGAUUACGGGUAGGGCACAGAGGUAUAAUAAGGUUGAGGGUGGUGGUAAGGGGGAGUUUGAGGGCGAGGAGUUUGGUCAGGCUAUGGGGGAGUUUAAGGGCCUUUUUGGGGGUGGGCAGAGGAAGAGUGUGCCUAAGGGACAGGUGUUGGUGUUGGCGAGGGGCAAGAAGGGCCAGUUGGAUGUGUUGGUUCAGGGUGGUGGUGAUGGGAAGGAUACGCUGCCGGAUAGGUAUUUGGGUAGGGUCAAGGAUGAGAGGGUUAGUCGGUUGGUGUGGUUGAAUUAUUUGGCGGGGAAGAAUGUCUCGAGUGAGGGGGCGAGACGCAGUGUGGUGGAUGGGAUUAUGGGCGUCGUAGAGAGGCCGGUUGGGACUGUAUAAUCCGUCACUCUCCCCUCUUCCCCUGUCCAAGUCUACUCCUUUCCUGUUUCUGGUGUUUGAGUAUGUAGUGUAUGUAUGUAUUAUAUAUGAUCUGAUCUGAUAGCAGCAAUCAAUUAUCUAUCAUUACUCCCCUAUCACUGCUUCGCAGAUAUAUCAUAUAAAACAAGAUAUCUACAAAGCUCCAGCAGCCUCCAACAACCCCUUCAGCUCGGCACCCUUCUUGCUCUGCAAGUCCGAGUUUCCACCAAUGUGCUUCUGGUUAAUGUAGAUGUUGGGGACGGUGCGCUGGUUGGAGAUUUC